UUUCAAUUUCAUUAUUAGCCUGCGAUUGCAAAUAUUAUUUCAGCCUCCGCCUCCUUCAAAAGUCUUUUUAAUCAUCCUCUCAUCAUACCCUAAUCUUCUCAAUCCUUCUCUCUCCUAGGGUUUGUAUUUCUUGAUUUCGCCUUUUCUUUUUUGGAUUAUUUCUUCUGAAGAUUCUGGUUGCUGAUUGGAUUUCUCCUUUUUGGUUGUUGACUUUACCCCCAUUGAUUUAGUGAAUGAUCUAAUGGAGUCUAAAGGUGGUAAAAAGAAGUCUAGUAGUAGUAGUAAAUCCUUAUUCUACGCCGUCCCACUCGACUACAGCAUUGAAGACGUUCGACCAAAGGGAGGAGUUAAGAAGUUCAGAUCCGCUGCUUACUCUAACGUAAGUUUUACUUCUGAUGGUUUUAUCAUUUUGUAAUAGAAUAUACUUUUUGAUGUCAUUUUUUGCGGUUUACUGAUGAUUUCUUUCUGUUUUUUCUGCAGUGCGUUCGCAAACCAUCCUGAUAUCCCCCGUAGUGCUUGCUCGACCACUUUAGGUGGCUUCUCUUAGUUUAAUUGCAUUAGAAAUUACAGCUUUUUAUUUUAACUUCCUUUCUUCUUCUGCUUCCCUCUUUCCUGUGCUCCUUUGCCUCUUUGCGACUGCAACUGAUUCUUACAAGCAAUUUUGCCAUGACGGUUCCCAUGGCUGUAGACGACAACAGCAACAACAUGAACGUUUCUGCUAUUGGUUUUGAAGGGUUUGAAAAGAGGCUAGAAAUUUCGUUCUUUGAGCCUGGAAUCUUUGUCGAUCCUGAAGGGACAGGCCUUCGUGCUUUGUCUAAAUCCGAGUUGGAUGAGAUCCUUGGCCCAGCUGAGUGCACCAUUGUUGACUCUCUUGCGAAUGAAAAUGUGGACUCUUACGUUUUGUCCGAGUCUAGCCUCUUUGUCUACUCAUACAAGAUCAUCAUUAAAACUUGUGGGACUACUAAAUUGCUCCGUGCAAUCCCACCUAUUCUGAAGUUGGCUGCAAUCCUAUCUCUUGACGUUAAAUCUGUCCGGUAUACCCGUGGGAGUUUCAUUUUCCCUGGUGCUCAGUCUUACCCUCACAGAAGCUUCUCCGAAGAAGUUGCUGUUCUCGACGGUUAUUUUGGGAAACUUGCUGGCGGCAGCAAGGCCUUUGUGAUGGGAAAUCCUGCGAAGCCCCAAAAAUGGCAUGUCUACUCUGCAUCUGCCGAAACAACCAGUUCUAAUGACGAUCCAAUCUAUACUCUUGAAAUGUGCAUGACUGGACUUAACAAGGAGAAGGCUUCAGUCUUCUUUAAAUCUCAAUCAGCCUCUGCUGCUGUGAUGACAGAAAGUUCUGGAAUUCGAAAAAUCCUUCCAGACUCAGACAUUUGUGAUUUUGAUUUUGAACCCUGUGGGUAUUCCAUGAAUGCUAUUGAAGGACCUGCUAUCUCUACCAUCCACAUAACCCCUGAAGAUGGUUUCAGCUACGCGAGCUUUGAAGCCGUUGGUUAUGACCUAAAGACAAUUGAUCUAAACCAGCUGGUAGAAAGGGUCCUUUCUUGCUUUGAGCCGAGUGAGUUUAGCAUUGCGAUUCAUGCUGAGAUUGCAGCCAAUGAUAUGGUCGGCAACUGUUAUGUUAACGCCAAUGGUUACAGUCGCGAAGAGGGGGGUAUUGAAGAGCUUGGAGUUGGUAGUUCAGUCUUCUAUCAGAAGUACAACAAGACUACCACCAUAUUUGCAUUCCCCAAAAAAGCUCUGAAAUGCCCCUGGAAAGAGGAGAACGAAGAAGAAAAAGAUUAUUAGUAUUUGAAUUAUCCUAUUUUUCGUAUUUUCAUUUGAAUAAGAGUCCGGCAGGUCUCCAACCGUUGAUGACAGUUUGUUUAUGUUUUUCUUUUCGUUUUUAAGAUGAGUCCAAUAUCGGAAUAUUAUUGUCCUUAGUAUGUCUUUGAUUUCAAUGAGUCCUAUUCUUAUGUAAUCUCUAUCGUUUAUAUUGAAGCUGUAUUUUCUAACUA